AUGUACAAAUUCAAAUUCAGUCCUCGGAUUGGCAGUGGAAACACUGUAUGUUGCUGUAUAUCUAUUAGAAUGGGUGUUCUUAUAAUAUCAAGUUUAAUAUUGAGCAUAUACUUGGCGAAUACAAUAUUGAUAUUUAUAUAUGCUAAAGAUUUGGAAAAAUGGUCUACAAUGGAACAGAACGUUGAUACACCACUUACCUUAGAAGCAUUCAACACUGUAUUCUAUUCAUUUGCUUCUGUAUUCAUUAUAUAUAUUAUAAUAUCAUUUUUAGGAAUCAUUUCUAUCAUUAUUCAACAUAGAAGAAUGGUGCGUAUAUAUCAUGUAAUGAAUUGGUUUCUUGUUUUAUUACUCUUUACAGUCACAGUAGCAUGCUGGGUCUAUUUUAAAGUAAAGCAGGAUACUUAUGUGAAUGACUGUCAAGAUAUACAGAAUAUUAAAAACAACAUUACUGCUGAUGAAUUUUAUACUCAAAUUCGAAUACCUGGUAAGCAACCGAUAGCACCUGGAUCUGAUAAGUCAGAAUGUGUUGAGCUUGUUAAGCGUAUAAUUAUAAUAUCUGGCAUAUGUGUUUUUAUGUUCAACUUUAUACAGAUCUAUUGGGCUAGAUCUAUUGGUAAAUAUGCAACUUCUUUAAAGAAGAACUGUCAUCAUAAAAUACUUUGUUAUAAAGUUUGCAGAUGGAAUAGUUUUACCCAGUGCCAUAAUAAAUCUUUUUGCACUCGUACUGUAUUUUUACUUCUUUUUAAUCAUUGUAUAUCUAGAAGGAAGCCUAAAUGGUAUUAA